GCGUUUCCCGUUGCAGCCGAUGGCGGAACACGGGCAAACACCAACUGGCUGAAGAGGAUUCACGGUUUUCGACAAAAAGAAAGACUAACGUCAACUCACAGUGAAAGCCUCGCUGUCCGUACAGACAGUAAUUCACAUCUUACUCCUGUCCUUAAUUUGGAGCCCAGUGCAACAUUCACCAUCGCCGACACUACCAGAGGGACCCAUUUCAUAUUUGGGCCUACGGCUGGUCUUGCUGGAGUGAUAGCUCUCCGAUUGGCGCAGGUUGAGACCGAGGCACAGAUUGCUCUUCGGCAGCUUGCUGCUUUAGCCACCAUCACUUUCGGCAGCCAGUGUCACAGCAACUGGUUUACAGCAGCGCUACCUCCUCACCUGGCCCUCCUGACUCUUUUCAAUCGACCUCAGGCUGUGGGGUACACAAGCUAUAAAACCUACAGAACCACACGGCCUUGUCUGUCUGCUGCCAUGUAUCACCAACACCCACAGGGCUCACAGCCAUUUUCUAAUGGGGGCAGACCACCACCUCGUCAGCCACCUCCGAAUCAACAUCAGACUCGCUCUAAUAUGCAGGUGAUGGGUUUCCAGUUUCCUCGUCCGACCCAACUACCUGAUGAGCUUGAGUCUGCACUGGCAAUCCGGGGUACCAGGGACAUGGACCACCGCCAGAUUGAUCACAUGACCCAACCAGAUCCACACCAGAACCAAGGUUCUGGGACCAGUCAGCAUGGAAACUUUGGCUCUAACCCAGUAUCCCUCCCCACUGACAGUCAGUCUGAACACCACCAGAGAGUAGAUUGGUCAAGCUACCAACCUCCAGCUAAACUGUUUGCUGCUCCUCCACCUUCUUCAAGUCAUCAGUCACAACAAGGGGCCCAACAGCCUCAGAACACCCAAGCAGGACCAAGACUCUCAAUUUGGACUCCGUCUGUAUGUGAAUCUCUUUCGAACCAAGUUCGGCAUGUCCAUGGUGCCAGUGGGGAGGGUCCGAGUUUAUACACACCAGAGAGCGCAGGAAGUAUCUUGGCUAGCUUUGGACUUUCAAAUGAGGACUUGGAAGUCCUGAGUCACUACCCUGAUGAUCAGUUAACCCCAGACACCUUGCCGUUCAUACUCCGUGAUAUCCAAAUCAACAAGUCAGGGAAACAGAAGACUUCGGCUUCCACUAGCUCGUCCUCAUUUUCACACAGCGCCCAUGACAUGCCAUUGCCUCCUUCCCACUCGUCUGCAUUGGCAUGUUCUCAUUCUCCAGAAGUGCCCAGCCUCCUUACUGUUACACAGACAGCUGGUAAAGUCAUUGACUAUGGGCAUGCCAGUCGCACCAAGGACGAAAGCACUAACAUGGGGAACUUCAAAAGAGAACUACUGUCUAGUGAACGGACAGUUAAAAUGUUCCCAGCCUUGUCCUCUUCAUCAGCUACAAAAGUAGAUAAAAGUGAAAGACGGCAGGUUCAUUUGGAACACACUGAACCAAGCAAGCAUGGAGACAGUGACUAUCGCAGGACGAGCAGCCUCCAGCGCGAGAGCAGUCAUUCACCAGGGAAAGAACUUUCUCUAUCUCCUAGAUCCCGUGAUCUAGACAGAGACUACAGGCGUGAUGGAACCAAACAAAGACUGCCAUCCGAAACAAGGAGUGACGUUUCUUCGAAAAGGUCCCUGUCCUCUUCGUGUGGGUCAAAACCACACAGCAGCGGCAAGAAGUUACCUACACCCACCAUGAUAAGUGAUUUCUCAGCUGUGUCUCCAAAGGUGUAUCCCCAUACCUGCUCCCUAUGCCACAUAGUGUGUGACCAGGAAAAGGACUGGGUUAAACAUGUUAACACUGUCAACCACACAGCUGCCUGCAGAGAUCUGCGCAACAAGUACCCUGGCUGGAAACCAAAUCUGCCAAGUCGGAGUGGACGAUAUGGCAGCCGUGCUCUGUGGGAUCCCAAGGAUGGCUCUCCAUCCCGUUCCAUGUCUCACUCCCUGUCUCGUUCUCCAAGUCCUCCUUCAAAAAAACGUCGGGUGGACAGCCACCCAUUCAGGCCACAGAGGAGGCGUAAUUCCCCUCAGCGUUACCCACAGCAGAUGCAUGACACAGAACACAGGGAUCGGUUGAAGUACCGCCACACUGGCUCACGCAGUCCUUCUAAUAUGAACCGAACAUUCAGACAGUACUGGAGCGCCAGGAGGGACAGGGUUUCAACAGGUUAGUACCCCUGUGUGGUGGGUUUUUGUUUGUUUUGGU